ACUGUUGUAAAAACUGGAAGAUGUCAGAAAGAUCUGGUCUUGGCAAUAAAAUCGAAGAAGAAGAAUCUGUUUGUGAAAUAUCUGAUUUGCUGCAUUUGUCAGGGAAUGUUGCUUCCUUCAGUACAUGUUACCAUGGCGAUGACUGCAGGGACUACAACAUCCUUUCCCAUGAGUAACCACACCCGGGAGAGAGUGACGGUGGCCAAACUUACACUGGAGAACUUCUACAGCAACCUAAUUAUACAGCACGAAGAGAGGGAAACGAGGCAGAAGAAGUUAGAAGUGGCUAUGGAAGAGGAAGGCCUUGCAGAUGAGGAGAAAAAACUGCGCAGGUCACAACAUGCUCGCAAAGAAACGGAGUUUCUGCGACUGAAGAGGACUAGACUUGGCUUGGAUGACUUUGAAUCUUUGAAAGUUAUAGGAAGAGGAGCAUUCGGGGAGGUACGCCUUGUGCAGAAGAAGGAUACAGGUCAUAUUUAUGCAAUGAAGAUACUAAGAAAAGCAGAUAUGCUGGAGAAAGAACAGGUGGCCCACAUCCGAGCAGAAAGAGAUAUUUUGGUUGAAGCAGAUGGAGCCUGGGUAGUGAAAAUGUUUUACAGCUUUCAGGAUAAAAGAAAUCUUUACCUGAUCAUGGAGUUCUUACCUGGAGGUGACAUGAUGACCUUACUAAUGAAGAAAGACACCUUGUCAGAAGAGGAGACACAGUUUUACAUUUCUGAAACUGUGCUGGCCAUAGAUGCUAUUCACCAGCUGGGAUUCAUCCACAGAGAUAUUAAGCCAGAUAACCUUCUGCUGGAUGCUAAGGGUCAUGUAAAACUGUCUGAUUUUGGGCUAUGCACAGGUUUAAAGAAAGCUCACAGAACUGAGUUCUACAGGAACCUUACACACAACCCACCAAGUGACUUCUCAUUUCAGAAUAUGAAUUCAAAGAGAAAAGCAGAAACGUGGAAGAAGAACAGGCGACAGCUGGCAUAUUCUACUGUCGGAACCCCAGACUAUAUUGCACCAGAAGUAUUUAUGCAGACUGGGUACAACAAGCUCUGUGACUGGUGGUCUUUGGGAGUGAUUAUGUAUGAAAUGCUAAUAGGGUAUCCACCUUUCUGCUCUGAAACGCCACAAGAAACUUAUAGGAAAGUUAUGAACUGGAAAGAAACAUUGGUGUUUCCUCCAGAGGUGCCCAUUUCAGAGAAAGCAAAGGAUUUAAUUUUAAGGUUUUGUACUGACUCUGAAAAUAGAAUUGGUAGUAAUGGAGUAGAGGAAAUAAAAAGUCAUCCGUUUUUUGAAGGAGUGGACUGGGGACAUAUCAGGGAGAGACCAGCUGCAAUCCCUAUAGAAAUCAAAAGCAUUGAUGAUACUUCCAACUUUGAUGAAUUUCCCGAAUCUGAUAUUUUACAGCCAGUGCCAAACACAACGGAACCUGACUACAAAUCCAAAGACUGGGUUUUCCUCAAUUAUACCUACAAGAGGUUUGAAGGGCUCACGCAGCGAGGCUCAAUCCCUUCCUACAUGAAAGCUGGGAAAUUGUGA